GUAUCCAGUGAAAAGAAAAUCAAAGAUUUUCCAACUUUUAUACAUGGUUUCUAGCUUAAUUAUUUUGCUUAAUUGUUGUUCAAGAUAUAGUGAAAAUUUUGUGUAUUAGAGGCUUCGAUUAACAAUCUUAUUUUAGCUGAUUUGUGGGACAUGCGCACAAAUAAUACUUAGGAUUAAUGUUUUUCAGCAAUCUGAAUCUAUGUUAUUAUUCAAAAACCUGAUUCAACGUAUUUUGACUUGUUUUCUCAAUUAAAUACAGAUAAGCAUUGAUGUAAUAUAAUUUUUGCUUGUGGACGAAAAUUACUUUGUGAGUGUAAAAUAUAUUUUUCGUGUAUUUUAACGUGUUGUAAUGAAGGGGAGAUAUAUUUUCCUCGUGCCGUUGGUGGAAUACCAACAAUAAAGUCAAAUGAUUCUAAAUUGUGACAGAUAUAUUUAUUACAAGAAUGCUAUUUUCAAUUCGAGUGAAAAUGUGACUUAAUAUUUUUUCAUCUUGUUUCUAUAACAUUUUUGGAAGAUUUAGAUUUUACUGGUUUUGUUUGUGAGUGAGAAAUUUUGAACUUUGUGAGUGAGAAGAGAAAAGUUCAAGUUGCUUUCUGAGCCGUUAGUAUUUUUGCUUUACUGAAUUGGUUGAUUAAAAAAUCUAAGAAACAAAGGCAUGGACAAAGUGGACUGUGAAGAAGUAUUAAAAUGAAACCUCCUCUAUGGUUACAACAACUUCUGCUAUGUUUCUCUUACAUCCACUGUUUUGCUGAUAAAAAGUGUCUUGAAAAAGAAUUUAUUGAAAGACAUUUUUAUGUUGAUGAAUAUGAUUUGCCUUUAAAAAUUGAAGUUAGCAACAGGAUAUCUCAUCAGUUAGUUUCCAACAUAGCCAAGAUACUUCUUACCGAAGCUGUAGGUUAUUCAUAUGUUAAACUUGUUCAGCAAGAUCGAGAUACUGUUGCAGACAAUGCGACAAGAACUAUGCAAAAGAUUUCUACCUGCUCGAGCCAUCAGAAAUGUGAUGAUGUUUAUUUUCUUGGACCUGAAGUAAUGAUAAAUUUGGAAGUAUGGCUGAACCCUGGUUUUAACAUGGAUGAAUGGCUUUCUACUGAACGUAUUGAAGACUUAGGUCCCUUAGGUCCUUUAGGAAGGUCAGGAUGGUAUAUUGCAGAGUACACUGUUAAGUGGUUUUGGGAGUCCAAUAAUACUAUUAUUGAUCACUGGAAAGCUUUCACUAAUCCUGAUGUAGUGAAAAUGUUUGAUUUGUCUCAAGAAGAUUCUGUGUAUAACCUCUCUCUAAGCAAAAAAUAUUGCAAGUACAAAGCAUGUGAUUCUGAUGGCGUCUAUAGAUUUCCCGAGUGCCGAAAACCAAAUGUACAAUGUGCAACACUGUUAGCUGACUACCCAGCUUCAAACUUGGAACUGCUAAAAAGAGAAAUAGAGAAGCACAAACUUUUGGUAAAUAUUAUUUGGGUUGGAGAGAAACUGGAGGAAAUUGUGGAAAAACGCACUGCAACAAAUAAAAAUACUUUAUUUUUUCAUCAUAUGCCUUCCAUUUUGAGUGCUCUUGGAAGUUUUGUUCGUGUGUCAUUUCCCAAUUGUGUAGAAGAGAAGGAUUCAUCUUGCGAGUUUGAAAUAAGUCAGCUGGAAAAGGUAGUUUGGUCAAAGAUAAAAAGUCAUGCUCCACAUGCUUUCCAUGUAUUGAGAGCUAUUGAGUUUAAUCAGGUGCAAUAUUUAGAUAUGUUAAAGAAGUAUCGUGAUGGACUACCUCGUGGCAUAGGAGUGUUUGAUCAGGCAUGCAAGUGGGUUAACAGUCACACACAUAUUUGGAGUUUGUGGAUGCCUGGCCUUGACAAAACCACAUUAUACAUUGGAGGAAUUUUUCCUUUGUCUGGAGUAUAUAUGAGGCAAGCUAGUGUAGUAGAAGCUGCUGAAAUGGCUAUUAAGCAAAUCAACAAAAAUCACACUCUACUAGAAAACUAUCAAUUUAAACUUCUGCAACAAAAUGGACAGUGUGCUGCUGAUGAGGUUAUGCAAAGUUUUAUCAAUUAUGUGACUAAUUCAACAUACAAGACGAUGGUUGGCAUUUUAGGUCCUGCAUGUUCUGAUACAGUAGAGCCUUUAGCUGGUAUUGCUAAAAAGUUUAAUACUCUCAUAAUAAGUUAUAGUGCAGAAGGAGCUUUAUUCAACCAUGAAAAAUACCCUCAUUUUUUCAGAACUAUUCCUGAAAAUAAUCAUUUUACAUCUGUUUAUUUGAAACUAUUUGAAAAAUUGAAAUAUUCAAGAGUAGCUGCUUUGACUGAAGAUGGACAAAAAUAUCCAGAAUAUAUUUCACGUUUGCAGGACGAAAUGCAAAACCGUAAAAUGAGUUUUAUUGUCAAUAGAAAAUUUCCUAGAGAAAGAGAAUCACUUGAAAUGCGACCUUACCUGGAAGAUUUGAAAGAAAAGGGGGCAAAAAUUAUUAUAGGAGAUUUCUAUGAUUAUGCUGCUCGAGCUGUUAUGUGUGAAGCUUAUAAAUUGGGCAUGACUGCAGCCAAGGGAUAUGUAUGGUUCCUUCCACUUUGGUUUUCAACCAAUUGGUUUGAUACAAGCAAAGACUCAAAUCAAAAUAGUUCAUCAUCAUCUGGUUUAGGACAGGUUGAUUGCACUACUCGAGAAAUGUGGGAUGCUAUUAAUGGGCAUUUAAGUCUUGCUUAUAAGUUUUAUGCUGAUGACCAUGAAAUUAUGCAAGAAAAAAUUACUGUCUCAGCCUGGCUAAAUAAUUAUGUGAAUGAAAGUAAAGAAAAAGGAAAGGAAAUAAGCCAUUAUGGAGGUUAUGCUUAUGAUGCAGUAUGGGUUUAUGCUUUAGCACUGGAUGCUUUAUUAAAAGAAAAUAAUUCUAACAUUGCUACUCUUCACACUCCAAGGACAGCUAAUCGUUUUGUCCACUUUAUAAAUGAAACAAACUUCAAUGGCGUCAGUGGACCAUUAAAUUUCUCAGGAUCUAGUCGAAUAUCUGAUGUUAUAAUCUGGCAGUGGAUAGAUAAUGUUACACAUCAAGUGGGAGUUUACCAUCCUUCACAAAUAGGUGGUGAUUUAGAAUUUAAUGAAACAAAAAUAGUAUGGUUAACCCCUAAUGGAGAAAAACCACAUGAUGGGAGUAUGAAUCUGAAUGAUUGUGCUCUGGCAGGUUUGAGCCAAUGGCUAGGAAUUACGUGUGACAACGCAACAAUGCUAGUUUAUAUUAUUGGCUCUCUUGGCUUAGCAUUUGUUAUGAUAUUUGGUGGUGGUUUUAUUUUAAAAAAAAGAUAUGAGGAAAAAAUAAAAAGGACUGAGGAUCGAAUGAAAGAACUUGGUCUGAAUGCCAAUAAUGGUCCUUUUGCAUUGGAUGAAUGGGAAAUACCUCGCGAUCAAAUUGUUAUAAAUCGAAAAAUUGGGGAAGGAGCAUUUGGUGCUGUUUUUGGAGGAGAGGCAAAAACUUCCGAUAAAGUUUGGAUUGCUGUUGCAGUGAAGACUUUAAAAAGUGGUGCUAAGCCAGAAGAAAAGCUAGAUUUUCUUAGUGAAGCUGAAGUUAUGAAACAAUUAGAUCAUAUGAAUAUUGUAAAACUUGUUGGAGUGUGCACAAUGGGAGAACCAGUUUAUACAGUCAUGGAAUUUAUGCUCUAUGGUGAUCUUAAAACAUACCUUCUUAGUCGGCGUAGUCUGAUUGCUUCUGAAAAAGACAGAGCAAGCAAUGAUGAAGUCUCUGAUAAAAGGCUUACGAAUAUGGCUUUAGAUAUUGCUCGAGGGUUAAGUUACUUAGCAGAUAAAAAAUUUGUCCAUAGAGAUCUUGCCUGCAGAAACUGUCUUGUGAAUAUAUCAAGAUCUGUCAAAAUAGCAGAUUUUGGAAUGUGUCGACCUAUGUUUGAUUCUGAUUACUAUCGUUACAAUAAAAAAGGAAUGCUUCCUGUCCGAUGGAUGUCCCCAGAGAGUCUAACUGAUGGAUUGUUUACACCUAUGUCUGAUGUUUGGAGUUAUGGUGUUGUUUUGUAUGAAAUAAUUACAUUUGCAAGCUCACCUUACCAAGGUCUUUCAAAUAAUCAAGUUCUUGACCAUAUAAAACGUCAUAAAACGCUUCCAGUUCCAAGUGGUGUAAAACCUAAAUUGAAUGCCUUAUUACUGCAAUGUUGGUCUAAAAAUCCUCGAGAUAGACCCCAAGCAGCAGAAAUAGUAGAAAUACUAGCUGAAAACCCUGAAAUUAUUACUCCAUGUCUUGAUUUACCAACAUCAAGUGUACAAGUAAUGGAUUAUGGUACAUUGCAAAUACACAAUCGUGAUAGAGAAAGAGUCCAUUCUUUUUCAUCAGUUUGGCAAACUCGUAAAGCAGCUCUUCAUGAUCAAAUAGAAAUUGGAUUAUUUGAACCUACACAUAUGGAAAUGAGUUCAAUGACCAUUAACAAUGGCUUACUCAAACAUUCAGGCUUCAAAUUCACAAGUAAAAAAGCAACUUUGCAUGAAAGUUUUCGAAAGAAAAGUAAAAGAAAUUUUGACAAACAUAAGCAGUCAGAUAUUCAGCCCCAAAGUACUAAUUUAUAGUCAAUUUUCUGCAUUUCCAAAGUUUAUAGAGGUGAGUAGUUAAUUUAGGAAAAAUGCAAUUGCUUAUAAGGCUUAUAUUUUAAAAAAUUCUUAUUUUGACUUUUUUUAUAGGAAAAUUUCUAAAGAUUAGAAAUUUUUUUUUCUAAUGAACAUAAUGAAUAGAAUUUAUUAGAAAAUAUUUUGUAAACCAAUAUUCAAAUACCAAAUCUUCUUAUUUGAUGAUUACUUAUUUAUUUAAUUUUUGUGUAUAUUUACUUAAUUUAUCAUACCGUUCCUAUUUUAGAACUAUUUGUAUUCUUAAGUUUCUUAUGAUUAAUUUUGUGUUUGAUAUACAUUGUUUUUCUGCCUUGGUAUAUGUAAAAAAUUGUUUGUGAUAUUUACUUAUAUGUUUUCUAAGUGUUUAAAAAAGAUGUUUGUCUUUAUAUUGUUAAUGUCAGAGUUUAAAAUUUUCUGAUAUUAAAUUUUUCAAUAAAGAACUAUUUAUUUAUAAUUUUAUAUACUAGUCAAAGUAUCUAAAGAUGCGCUUAAUCAAAGUAUCUAAAGAUGUAAAUUUUAUUCUUACAAACGAAUCAAAUUUUAUCUUAUAUGAGGAAAGUCUCAAAAGAUAUUUCUUCAAUGAGUGGGAGAGAAGAGUAAUAAAUUAUUUUUGUGAUUUUUCAAGCCAAAAAUUUACUAAAUAUUCUUAUUGUGAAUAUAUUUUUAUAGUGCUUUUCAGCUAAAUAGUGUUCGGAUCACAAUUUUUUUUUGUCUCUUUUAUGUUUGUUUUACAGUCUAUUCCAUUUAUAUGGACAUUAUACAAAAGACUCUUGUCUACUUAUUAUUUACUAAACAUUCUACAUAAAAUGUAACUUUUUUAUUAAAUAUUGCAAGAAGUCAUGCAAAAUAUUUAUGCUGUAUUUCGCACAAAGUGCUGCUAUGCAAUUAAAAAAUAUAGCUAAAUAUAUAUGCAUAUUUAUCUCUUUGUAUUAACUUGGAACUCAAAGUCAAAUUAAAAUAAGACAAAACAAUAUUUUUAUAUAAAAAAUUUAGAAAAAUAUUUCAUCUUUUAUAACAAAAUGCUCUACUAAAUGCAUUUUUGUUUAAAAAUGAAAAUUCCGUUAAAAAUUUGUAUCUACUCAAUGAGUCUGAUAGAAGGUAUACUUAACCUAAUUAAGUUUAAACGGUUGGCUGUCUAGUUUCUCAAUUCCUUUUUUUUAAAGUUAAUAAGACUUUUUUUUUUCCAGGUUAAUAGCGCCAUUUUUGUUUUUAUAAAAUUUUUUAACAAUUUAAAAAAAAGUUCAUUAAAAAUUCAAAUAAUAAUCUUUAACUUCUUGCAACCUUUACCCUCUUAAUAAUAUGGCUGCCUAUUUAGAAGUUUUAACAUCACUGAUAAAUGUUUUAGGUUCUCCUAUUACAUAUCAUAUUAAAACAUGAAUGGUAAAAUAUAUUUGACUUUUGCAUUGGUUGUAUUUUAUUUAAAUAACUAAUGAAAUGUUAAAAGAGGUUAAUGUUUGUAGUUUUAGAAAUAAAAUUAGUUUCUAUUUCUAUCCAAGUAUAUCAUCAUUUAAUGAUACCACUUAAUAAUUUUUAAUUUUAUAUUAUCAUUUAUUUGUUAUAAGAUCCUGCUUUUCUGACAUAAUGCUGUGUCUAAGAUAUUAAGCUUUUAAACUCACUGUCAAGUUUUUAUUUUUUGAGAUGUUUACCUUUUCUACUCUCACUUUAUACAUAUCAGGCUAUGUUACGAAGGUUUGUAAAUAAAGAAAUGUUCCUUUUAUACUUUGACAUGCAUCUUUUUAAAAUGAUGUAGACAAUGUGCAUAAAGUUCUGAAGAAUUUCAUUUUAAAUUAG